AUGAUGACCGCUUCCACGCGGGCCACUCCUUCGCCUCGCUCGAGGUCCUCAUCUCGAGCGCAUACCAGUCGCAUCUCCAUGAGCCAGAAUUUUGGUGAUCUGGAGGACCUUCACCGAUUCCCGCUGGAGUCAUUGCAUUCAUUUUCUUUUGCCCAGCAAUCGGAAGAGUUGCUGCACAGCCGACAAAACAUCUUGAAGAGAUCGAUCGAUUUCAUGCGCGACCGCAUGGGCUGGGCAGCCACCAAUGCUGCCAUCGCUAACGCGCAGGCGAAUAUGAGCAGUGACUCGGAUAUCCAGCAUAUGAUGGAUCUUUUGGCUCGAGCUCGAGUGCUGGACGAGGAAAAUGCCACGCACCUGCGAGGACCCACAACUGGACCUGCAGAUGUGAAUGGCGACAACAUCUUUGAAAAGGCCUUUUCGGACCGUGGUUCGUCUCCAAUCGGUACUCGCGAUGCGCUUCAGGAACAGUUCCCUCCCACAGGCUCACAGGCAACUUCCGAAAGCUCCCAGAUGCUGAGCGCUGUCCCCGGUGAUCGUCUCCCGCAAUCCAGGAAGGACCUGAUCUCAGCACCGUCAUCCCGGCGCGUAAGCUUAAAACGUACAUACACGGACCUCACCUCCGCCUCACUCAAAAGCAAGCUGAUGGACACUCUAGCGCAACCCUACGCCUCCACGGAUCCCUUCGUCUCUCUGGCCUCAUCAACUGCUGGAUUGGGCUUUCCGAUCCCUUCUGCCCUGCACACCCACAGCAGCAAAUGGACCCCCGUCUCCCAGGCCGUCUUUCGGACCGAAGCCCAGGCACCAUGGACUAUCCUUGCAGCCAACGACCUCUCAUGUCUUGUAUUUGGGGUCACCCAAUCCGAGGUCCGCCGGCUCAGUAUCCUAGAGGUCGUACAGAAAGAGCACAGGCAGUGGCUCGAGACCAAGCUUCGGGACCCCAGCACUGAUGCCACAGCCCGCGCGCCACUUCAGCCGGAGAGACCCAAUAUCCGCGCCGUAAACCCUAAGUUCCGAGGGUUGGGGAACGGGGUGACGGCACAAUUGCUCAGUAAACCUUCCUCACGCGAGAAGUCUCGGAGAGCACAGACCGAUGAUGGAUAUGGCUCCAGCACGAGAAAUAACCGCAAUGCGAACCACCCAGCCAACAAAUCGCGAGGUGUUUUGCUGUGUGGCGAUGUGGUGCCUAUUCAGAAGCGCAAUGGCGCCAAAGGAUCGGCUAGCGUCUGGGUUAUGGAGAAGCGUGGUGGUCUGAUCUGGGUAUUGGAAGAGAUCACGGAAAACAUCGCCUCUGUCCGGUGUGAUGAUUCUUGGAGAGUGGUUGAGGCCCGGGGAGACAUUGACAAGAUCUGGGGCUCGCAGGUAGUUCGCACUGGUCAGUCGAUAACCGAACUUUUACCACGUUUGCCGUCCGAGUCUCUCGAAACAUCACCCGAGGAGGGACUAGACAGGAUCGUCGCGUUGAAGCAUUUUGCCGCCCGGACUGCUGCUGGAGUGUGCAUUCCAGUGACCAUCGGGCGAGGGGACGAAAGUCAAACUUUGCAGGUGUCAAGUUUUCCCCAUGUCGCAGGGAUGAUGGUGUUGUCAUCCUCGACUUUGAAUGUUAUCAGCUCGAACCCUGUCUUUUGUUCAGCACUGUUCGGCCAAGACCGCCCCGAAGGACGCAACAUUACUGAGCUGGUGCCAGGGUUCGAUGAGAUCUUGGAUGUGUUAACCGAGGAGGACAACGUGCCAUUGGUGGAUGGCAUUGUGAUCCCUGAACACAGUUUCCGUCGGGCGCGAACGCUGUCCAUUCUCCGUGAUGGUAAGGCCAAUGCAGCAUCUGUUUUUACUGAACCUAGUGGCUUGCUGGCCAAACAUCGGGACGGUUCCACCAUCGUCGUUGACAUUCAAUUGCGCGUGGUCAAGAGCGGCACUUUCUUCUCCAAGGAACAUGUGGAGAGGCUUGAGGAGCGCUCAAGCGACUCAGAGGACAGCGACGAUACCAUCGCCGUGACUGAGCUGGUCUAUGCCUUGUGGGUCACAUACUCACGGCAAAUCCACGCUGCCGGACCCGCGGCCAACCUGUCAUCCUCGUCACUGCCCUCUUCGAAGGCCCCCUCCCCCGCACCGGGGGUCCCACCCCUGUCGGACCACCCGUCUGCGAGCGACACUGGUCAUCAAACUCCUGAUACCAGCAAGACUUCUGUGGAAAUUCAAACCCCGAGUUCCACGCUUAGCCAACAGCUCAGCGAGGCGGCCUCUGAGCCACUCACCGAUCGGCCCGUGCAGCCGGUUUCCGAAGUGAAGCCUGCCGGCGCCAAGAAGGAGACGCCACAGAAGCGCACGAUCAGCGACUAUGUGAUAUUGGAGGAGAUGGGACAAGGUGCUUACGGGCAGGUCAAGCUGGCGCGGCUGAAGAAGCAGCCCAACAAGAAGAUGGUGCUGAAGUUUGUCACAAAGAGGCGGAUUCUGGUGGAUACAUGGACUCGCGACCGACGGCUGGGCACUGUGCCACUGGAGAUCCACGUUCUCGACUUCCUGCGCCGCGAUGGAUACAAGCACUCCAACAUUGUGGAGAUGGAGGGCUUCUUCGAGGACGAUAUCAACUACUAUAUUGAAAUGAUCCCGCACGGACUCCCCGGCAUGGAUCUGUUUGACUAUAUUGAACUCAGGGCCAACAUGGAUGAAUCGGAGUGUCGAAAUAUUUUCAAGCAGGUUGUUAGUGCCAUUCAUCAUCUGCACACCAAGGCGCUGGUGGUGCACCGCGACAUCAAGGAUGAGAACGUGGUGUUGGAUGGUGAUGGCCGGAUCAAGUUGAUAGACUUUGGCAGCGCGGCCUAUAUCAAAAACGGACCGUUUGAUGUCUUUGUGGGAACGAUAGAUUAUGCCGCCCCUGAAGUCCUACAAGGCAAAUCCUAUCGCGGCAAGGAGCAGGACAUCUGGGCCCUGGGUAUCCUGCUCUACACGAUUGUUUACAAGGAGAACCCUUUCUAUAACGUCGACGAAAUCUUGGACCACCCGCUCCGCAUUCCAUUCCUCCCCUUCUCCGAAGCCUGCAUCGACCUAAUUCGCAAAAUGCUGGACCGCGACGUCGACAACCGUCUGACCAUCACCGAGGUGCUUGAGCACCCGUGGCUGGCCGAGGAGGACUGA